AAGCCACCACGACAAACAGUUCUAACUUCUGACAUAACCUCAGAGAUUCUAAAGGAAUCAGCCAAACAAUACCUAGUAGGCUAGUAACAGUUUCUUCCUCUUCCUGUGAAUGGCCACUGUGGCGCGUGCAAUUCACUGCGAGCUCGGUGCGCAGAAACCUGCUAUUUUGAAGAGAGAAAAUCCCGUUUCUGUUCAGGUUCCGGCUCCAAAGUUAAAGUUGAGUGAAACAGAUCCAAACGCGAAGCUUAUGUUGCAGCCAAGGCUGUGUACACUGAGAUCGUACGGUGAGGAUCGUUUUGCGGUGGUGAAGACCAAAAAGGACGGUGUAGAUGAGGUGUCGCCGUUUUUUGAGACUUUAUCAGAGUACAUCGAGAGCUCCAAGAAGAGUCACGAUUUCGAGAUCAUUUCAGGACGACUGGCCAUGAUUGUGUUUGCUGUAACUGUGGGGACAGAGUUGGUGACUGGAAACUCAGUUUUCAGAAAGAUGGACAUACAAGGGAUUGCUGAAGCAGGCGGUGUGUGCUUAGGAGCAGUGACCUGCGCUGCAAUUUUCGCUUGGUUCUCCAGUGCUCGCAAUAGAGUAGGCCGUAUCUUCACAACAAGUUGCAAUACAUUCAUUGAUUUACUAAUUGAUGAGGUUGUGGAUGGCCUGUUCUAUGAUGGUGAGAUUAAUGAUUGGUCUGAUGAUAUCUAAAUUUCUCUGAAAUAUAAACCCUAAUUGUACUAAUUAUACAUAAAAGCCAGAGAAACCAGGGCCAUCCAUCCAAGGAUUCAGGUUCCCUUUUUCAAGAAAUUAGUUGUUGCCCCAUGUUAUAUGCAGGUAUUAUCGAAAUAAUCCUGCUCCAAUGUUUUGUAAAAUAAACUGCCCUAUAUGCGUAAAUAAAAUUGAGAUUAGAGUUUAA